AUGGAGCAACUGGACCAGGACAGGGUUGAAUCCGAUCAAAGAAGAGUUGUUAUUAUUAGCCAAGAUAGCUUUUACAGAGAACUCUCUCCAGAGGAAGGCGAAGAUGCUAAAGUUGGCAAUUUUAACUUUGAUCACCCAGGUGACUUUCUGUUAUCAGUUUGCUUUAAUAAUUCUCUCCAAUUCCAGCUUUCACGAGAAACUUUCACAGAAACACUUGCUACACAGGCCACCUGGUUAGCUAAGUUGGUAGAGUGCUGGUCUGCUGAGCAGGAGGUCGUGGGUUCAAACCUCGGCUGGACCAACACUCAAGGUCUUUAAAUAACUGAGAAGAAAGUGCUGCAUUUGUAAUGACAUCUGCAAAUGGUUAGAGUUUCUAGUCUUCUCAGAUAUAAGGACGAAAAACCGUAGCUCCCAUCUCACAGCACUUUCACUAAUUUGUUCUUGUGGGACGUAAAAGAACCCACAUCACUAUUCAAAACGAGUAGGGGUUGUAGACCCCUGUGGUGUGGCCAACCUUUACGGGUUGUGGGAUUGAGUAGGGAUGGCACCUCACAUGGGACCUGAGUCCUGUUCAUGCACAAUCUGGGCAGGCCUGUGUCGAGAAAAGCUGGUAAAUAAAUAAAAUUAUCUGACUUACAAAUUUAGAUUUUGAUUUAUGUCCAACAAACAAACAGAAUCAACCUUUCUCGAGUUUGUUUGUUUUUUGGGUUAGUUGUAUGCAACGUUAAGAUUAAUGCACGUGUAUGCUUGCACUGAGAUAACAGGUAUUAUAAUUAAAUACGCACACAUUAUUUAUACAUAAUUAUAGCUAAAUAAUAAGCUUGCAUUCUUGAGUUAAUGUCUUAAUAAUUAAAUGAUAUCUAACAGUUUAUUAUUAUUUUGGUAGAUGCCUUUGACCACGAGCUGACACUUGAUACCCUAAAGAAAAUAAAAGCAGGAGAAACUGUUCAAAUACCAAUUUACGACUCUGUCAAUGCUACCAGGUGAGUUCUUUGGUAAUGUGCCUAACUUAUUACAUGUAGAAAGUCGACAGCUUUCUUAGGUGACCUUUAUACAGUAAUACAGUUGUACCUAUAAUUGUGAUUGAGGGGUGAUGAAUGCUAUAAUCAAAGGUUUCCGUAGAUGCAAAGACCAUUGCUUGAAAAUUGCAAGAUGCAAACUCCAAGAUGGAACUGGUUGAGCACAUGACCUCUUGCCCUGAAAUGUUACAUUAAUUUGUUCACAUGAAUAACUUUUGCAAGUACAGUGGAACCCCAUUGGCACGGUCACCAAUGGGUCAAAAAAAUUUGUUGGUAUGACAGGAUGGCCGUAUUAUUGGGGCAGGCUCAAAUUUCACGACUUACACGGCCGUGUAAUGACAAACACACUGUACAGCGCAUUCGCAUUUCUUGAACAACUGUUCUCAUUAAUAAACAAAUGGAAUGUAGAUACAUGUAUCGUGUACUGUACUGUAAUAUUUAUUGAAAGAAACUAAUUAAUAUUUCCCUUCAGUAUGUAAAACACUUUUAAAAUUUGGCAACAAGUGCACUUUUUGUGUACUGUAGUCUAAAAACAGUUGAACAGGCACAGAGUACUUGGUCACUAAAAUUGACAUGUCAUAGGCAUUUUAAUUUUCUAAAUUUCGAAGAAGUGACUGUAUUUACGGGGUGAAAUUAUAAGAGAUUCUGCUGUUCAGGAUUUUAAAAUGUGGCCAUUGGUUGUAUUAAUGGGUGACCACAUUAACAGGUUUUUUUAAUAAGAAAAUCUAUGGCCAUUUUGCUGGGCUGAAAAAAGUGGCCAUAAUAAUGAGAAGACUGUACUAAUGCGGUGGCUGAAAGGCGGAGUUCCAGUGUUUAGUUACUGAGAAGUUGAAUGACUUAAAAUAAGUUACAUCACUUGUAUUUAAUUUACAUGUACAGGAAAAAGGAGUCUAUUACAAUAUACCCAACUGAUGUGAUUAUGUUUGAAGGCAUACUCACAAUCUAUUUCAAGGAAUUUCGUGAUAUGCUCAACAUGAAGUUAUUUGUGGAUACAGACAGUGACACUAGAUUGUCAAGAAGAGGUUAGAUAAUAACUUAAGUGUGUGUAGUUGGCUUCCCCUUGUGUUAACAAAUGAACCUUAAAAUGAAAUUCCAAAAGAGGACUCCUGCCCUUCUUCAAGCCUUUUCUUUGACUUUAUAUAAGACAAUACAUUGUAGCCUAUGAAUACACUACUUCUUCUCAUUGCUUCCCAUUGCUGGGGACAUUUCAUGAGACAGACCUUUGUAUUUUUGCCUUAAAAGUAAUAGUUUAUAAAUCAUUUGAUACUUUAUGAAUGCAGAGAAACUCUGAAGGAACAUGCCUUUAGUCCAUAAUUUGUUGUAAAUGAACUCAUAACAAGUUAGCUCUGAAAUAAAACAACUGAGUACAUUCUAAAGUAAGUUCUGUAGUUUAAUAUUGAAAUUGAAGACAUUUCUAAUCUAAACAAUGAUAUUACUGUCAUUAACUGACCUAAGGGAAAGUUGUAAGAAUUUGAUCAGAUAUGAAAAACUAGGGUAAUUAUGAAGACAUUUGACUAAACCGUAUGUUCGAAUGAACUGGCCUGGGUGUUCAAAGUUUGAAUAGUCCUAUCCACCGGAUAAAUCACGAUGAUCCAGCAGAGAAGUAAAAGGGAAACCAAUUGCGUUAUCCACAAGACAGUGGUUUAUUAUCCAGUGGAUAAUGUCAUCCACCUUUCGUACAACUGGGCCCUGAUGUCAUGUACUUUAUAGAAAGAGGUUAGAAAACAUGACUGAACUGGACUUGUAAUGAAGUCUUACUACUAUGUUUCGUAAAUAACUGCAGGGCUACAUUUGUACCUGUAUUUCAAGUUCAAGUUCAAGUUUAUUAAAAAGACUUUGGAUACAUACAGUAUCAUAAUUAUUGACCCUUGCCCGCAAAAUGGCACAGCUAAUCGAGGCGGGAAGGAAAAGUAACAAAAAUUACAAUAACAGGGUUGAAACAUGACAAUAAAGAAAAACAGAUACAUCAACAUCAACAUAUAAUUGAAUUAACAAGAUAAUGAGUACUUAUUAUUUCAAAAUAGGUACAUUGUUUUAAAUAAAGCAAUUUAUAAAUGAAAUUAAACUGAAAAUGUAGUAUUUACUUAAUAAGUCAAUCAUGGUAUUUGCUGUAUAUCGAUGAAUUUACAUGAUGUUCAUGUUGUAUUUUAGUUUUACGUGACACUCAGGAACGAGGAAGGGAUCUGGAACAGGUGCUGGCAACAUAUGCCAAUUUUGUUAAACCAGCUUUUGAGGAAUUUUGUCUUCCUGUAAGUUUCCAACUUUUCUUAUUAUUUUAUAAUAUUUUAAUUCGAUAAUAUUAUGUUGAUAAGUUGAAUUUUUUUAAAUAUGCAGCUUCUUUUUUUCUUUUUUACAUUUAUUAACUUCACAUGUUUUAUUUAUGUAUGAUUAUGUAAAUUAUGUGAAAUUUGCUACUUUUUAUUUAGUUAGUUAGUUAGUUAUUUACUUCAUGUAAUUUUUUUCUUCCAAUUAAUAUUUUAUUCUGUGUAUUCUUUUUUUGUUCUUUGUGUUUUACUUGCAAUUAAAUUAUAUUAUAUAUAAAAAAAUGUUUUAUUUGGAACAUUUUCAUGUUGUGUUUCUUUGCCUGAAUUAUGCACCAGUCAUAAACCCCACACCCCAGGACAUAUACUGUAUUUUACCAUAUUAUGCAGCAACAUGUGUUACUUGACAAAUACAUUAACCUGUCCCUUUGACCUUUUUCCAACAAGAGCAGUGGAUAUGAGUGGGGUCAUUAGCUUCAAUAAGAGGAAAAAGCUGCAUGACCCUUGGGUGUGGGGCAUUUUACAACUUUAGCAGUAAGCCCUUAUCAAAAUUAUACCCGCCUAUGUCCUGGCCGGGGGAUGCGGGGGUUUAUAUUGACUGAUGCAUUACUUUGGAAUAAAUUUUACUUUAUUAUUCAGUGGUAUAGCAGGUCACCUAUUUUUGGAAGACAUGACAUGAAUUAAUUAAAAUUUGUUUUACAUCUGUGAGGGUCCCAGUACAUUUUUGGGAUGGCAUUUAACCUAUUUAAAUGCCAGGAUUCAGGAAAUUAGGACUGGAAUCUUAAAAAAAAGAGUGGGAUACAGAAUAAUGUCAUUUUUGAUAAAGUGGGACUGUGGAACAGAUGUUUAAGAAAACUGAAAUCCUGUUAGAACACUGAGCUGCAUUUUCUUAAAUAUUGACCAAAAUCCUGUUAUUUCAAAUUACCAAAGGCUACCCACAUUUCCUUCACAUAAGUCAAGCAAUUACAUUGUGACUAUAAUUAUAAUUAUGUACAGUUGAAUUUCUCCACAAUGGCAACCUUGGAGACCGAAAAAAGUGGCCAUUGUAGAAAGGUUUGAACAAAUAGAGUCAAUAUAUGGACUGUCCACCAAAAUAGUGGCUUUUGUGGGGAGAUGGCCAUUGUGUAGAGGUAGCCGUUAGUUGAGGUUCAACUUUAUCACUUUGCCUAUCUGCUUUUAGUAAAAUCCAACUAGUGGUCUAUUAUCAAUGCUGCAUUCUGAUUGGUUGAGCUACUACUAGGCUAUAUGUUAUAGCCAACUAGUAGCGAAAAGCACCGGCUUUUUGGCGGCAGUCUAGCUUUAACUAGCUAAAGCUGUUUUGUCUCAAUAUUUUUGACCAACUAGGUGGAUUUUACUAAAACAAUAUUUGUUCCUCUCGCCCUCAUGGCCUCUGAGUCAAUAGCCCGAGAGCCCAUUCAGGUUCGAGGAAUAAUUGUUAAAUAGACCUUUGUAGAUGAGGAAAUCCAGACCCUUGUAAGGCUUCUUUGAAAACCAUGUUUUCUGGGCCGUGAUUAGCUGAUAAUACUGUCUGGGUAAUUGGAUUGAGCAAAUCUGUUGGUCGGGAUGGCAGAUACAAUGUAAGGAACCUCACCCAUUGGUAUGGAACAUUUAUCUUUGGCAUGGAAGUUUAGUAGCAUGAGCUCUCCUCAUAUACCCACCUGACUAUAAUACUGAUUUUGCAGACAAAAAAGUAUGCUGAUGUGAUAAUACCAAGAGGAUCAGAUAACACAGGUAGAGAAUAUAAAAAUUUAACUUAUUGCUAUAAACAGUAAGACCUGACCAAAACCUGGUAUCCACCACUCUGAGUUACUGAAUGACAAUAGUUCAUAAUAAGAAUGUCUGAGAAUAAAGAAAAUAGUAAAAAUAAAAAAGAAUGUCUGGGAAUGAAGAAUGGGAGGCUAGGUCAGGGCCUUGACCUUUUUCAAAUUUUACCAUCCUAAACAUGGCAGAUGAGAUGAAGAGCAGCAGUAUGAAGGACUACGGCUGGGCCUCUUAAUAUUAAGAGGUGUAUUUUAUUUAUCUGUCAGGUAUACGUAAGUCAACCUUUUUCCAACCAAAAAGCCUAUCCAAAAUGCCAUCUUCAUGUUCUACACAGGCCACAAGCUCUUGUGGGCUGAUUGAAAACAGUCUUGUAAAUCCUACGUACAUUGUGCAAAAAUUAGCCUACGAUGACAAGCAAUGAAGGCCAAAAAAAUUCAGCUGCAUGUAGUUCUUUGUUGUGGGUCUUAUUGUUUCGUUGAUCUACGUGUAUAUCAAUUUUCCAAGGCAUUUCUUUCCAGGAUUGACAAAAAUCUCAUGUGGAGCUUCAAAAAAGGAGUGUCAUCUUAUACAUAGGCUUGACCUUCACUCACGAGUGAAUACAGUAAGGUUUAUAGGCUGUCACUGCUUCAGAUUUCAUGUGUCCUCUUUGUUUUCAGUGGCCAUAGGGCUUAUUGUGCAGCACAUCAAAGACAUUCUGAAUGGAAAUAAGAGCAGUGAAAUUGAUGGAGUACAUGAUCCAGGACGACGUCAAAGACACCACUCUGACUCAAGUAUGGUUUCUUCCAGACCACAUUGA